AUGUCUCCUGGAAAGGAAGUGGAUUUAUCUCCAAUGUUCUUCACACAGACCUCACACGUAGACUAUGACAACUUGUGCAAGCUAGAUGUACUGGGCCUGUCUGAUUCGUCCACUGGUGACCAAACUGAAGUUUACGCAGAAUUCAAAGAGCAGUUGACACAGGACGCAGAAGGGUGGUAUGAAACGGGGCUCCCAUGGAGAGGCAACCAUCCUCCCCUUCCCAGCAAUGAAGUAGGAAGUCUUAGACGGUUGGGGAACCUUGUGAGAAAGUUACGCAGCCAAGGAACAAUUGAAAAGUAUGAUCAAGUCAUCCAGGAUCAGAUCGAGGCCGGCAUAGUCGAAAGGGUUUCUGGACCGGUGACCGGAAGUAGGGAGUUCUACAUCCCACACAAGCCAGUGGUGCGUGAAUCGGCAGAAACCACUAAGCUUCGUGUCGUUUAUGAUGCAUCGGCUCGUGCGAACUCUGGAGUACCUUCGUUGAAUGAAUGUUUAAAUCCUAGGCCUCCCCUUCAAAAUCAGUUGUGGAAUGUGUUGGUCCGUGCUCGUUUCCACCCUGUUGCAAUUGCAGGAGAUAUCAAACAAGCCUUUGUCCGAGUCAGAAUCCGAGAAGAAGACCGUGACGCGCUAAGGUUUCAUUGGUUAAAAGAUCUGAACAGCCAGACAGUAGAAGUACUUAGGUUUACCAGGGCGCUCUUUGGCCUCACCUGCUCACCAUUUCUCCUGGGGGGAGUUGUACAGCAUCUCCUGGAAAGCUGCAGAGAGAAGUACCCAAGGAUUGUUAGUGAAAUUGAGAGAAGCCUUUAUGUAGAUGAUCUCAUCAGUGGAGCGCCCACUCUGGCAAAGGCAGAAACAAUCAAAUCAGUCUCGAUAGAAAUAUUUGCUAAAGGGACAUUUGAGUUGCACAAGUGGCACUCAAACGUGAAGGAGUUGGAGUCAGCAUAUCCAGUACCAGUUUCAGAAGAGGAAACAUACGCAAAGGAGCAGUUAGGUACCUCAAGAAAGGAAGGAGCUUCUCUACUCGGUCUACAGUGGAACAAAGAGAGUGAUACCAUUAGCGUUAUCUUCCCAUCAGAGGGCACCGAGCCAACAAAGCGAGGGAUUCUCAGUAAAGUGGCCAAGAUCUCUGAUCCACUGGGGCUUGUGUCACCAAUCACAUUGGGUGGCAAAUUUCUCUACCGUGACAUCUGCGAUGCGAGACUAGCCUGGGAUGCUAGACUACCAAGCGACCUUAUGCAAAAUUGGGUCCGAUGGGAGGAGAAACUUCCAAACCAUGUUACCGUACCCCGAUCAUUAGCAGCGUAUCAAGAAGACAUCCAAACUAUUGAGUUACAUGCCUUUGGGGAUGCGAGCGGGAAAGGCGUGGCUGCUGCGGUGUAUGCUGUAGUGAAGCAAGAGAAGGGUGUCAACCAAGGGCUAGUGGCUUCAAGGGCAAGAUUAGCAAAGAAAGGAUUAACCAUACCCCGGUUGGAGUUGAUGUCAGGCCACAUGGCGGUAAAUCUCCUGUCAAAUGUGAGUGAAGCUUUAGAAGGCUUUCCCGUAACCUCGAAGUACUGUUGGCUCGAUAGCACCGUUGCUUUGCAUUGGAUAAGAUGCCCAGGAGAGUACAAACAGUUUGUGAGUAACAGAGUUCAGAAGAUUCAGGCGCAUUCUGACGUAGUGUGGCAUCACGUGAGAACGUCAAACAACCCAGCUGAUGUGGGAAGCCGUAGCGGAGAAGUGACCAACCAUGCCUUGUGGUGGAAUGGACCAGAGUGGUUGUCAGACAAAGCAUGCUGGCCCCCUGACAUAGUGACAAAUGCCACAAAAGCAUCAUUAGCAGAAGCUAAAGUGAAACAAGACAUGCUAGCAGUAGCAGUGGCGGUGGCAGAUGAGCUGGAUGACCUUCUUGAAAAGUUCAGCCAUUGGAAAGCAAUUCGAGUGACUGCAUGGAUAACUCGAUUCACCCAGAACUCUCGCACCAUGCAGACGAAGAAGUUGGGGGGACCACUAACCGCAGUUGAAACAAAGAAAGCAGAGCUCUUUUGGGUAAAGCGGGUGCAGGCACGAGCUUCUGCUGAUGAGCGAUACCAAGAAGACAAACUUCAGCUGAAUCUACAGGCGAACGAAAAUGGAGUACUGGAAUGCCGCGGCAGAAUUCAGGGCCAUUAA